AACGGAAAAGAGAGAUACGAAGGAGUAAUGACGAAAGGUUGAUUGUUCGUAUGUUCAGUGAUGGCGAGCCUUCAACCAAUAAAAAAUACCUUAAAGAAGAUGCGUAGGCCUGAAAUCAUGGUGCAAUGAAUAUCGUAGAUAGAGUGAUUUCGAUCUCAUAUAGCUAGCUUUCCUUUCAAAGUGAAACGAUUUUCCUUUUACGUUGAGAUAUUUGAAUUGGAUUUUCUUUCACCACUACUAUCGUAACGCACAGAAAACACUGACGUUUCCGCUCGCUUUCAACCACUGCCACUUUACCUGAGCACUGUGACGCAGUCGGUCAAGUAUUGAGUUUCUGCUAGUAUAUCAAGGACUUAUGAGAACUGAAAAGAAAAAAACUAAAAAAGGAAUUCUCAUAGUUCAUUGAAUUAAGGGAGGACCAUUCGUGGGUGGUUCGUGGAAGAGUUGGGUUCGAUUCCCUUUAUACGCGAUGUGGCGAAAAAGACUGAUUCAACGAAAUAUGCCAUGCCAGCAUUAAGAUUUAAAACGUGUCGUCUACUUCCAGGAAAUGUUCGGAACAGAGAACUUUCUCUAAUCCAACGCCGUAUUCUCCGAAGAUUGAGGAACAAGAGGAGAUCCAUUAAAAUAAAUCUUUCUCGGAGAGAAAAUCUAAACACUAACAUCAAAUCACAAACUACACAAAAGUUGUCUCUUUAUUAUGGGGAUUUACCCAUAAGGGAGAUGCACAGAGGAAGAGAACGAACUUCAUAUAUCCCUUUUUUACUCCAUCAAGAAACAAGAUCGGACGUGAUUCCGGUUCGUCUCCAUUUUAGUGACACUCUUCCUCAAGCAAGGCAGCCGAUAACUCAUCGAAGGGUUUGUUUGAAUAAUGGACUGGUAACCAUUACUCAUUUGGAAGUUUCCCACGGUGAUCUAAUAUAUUUUAAAGAAAAUGACGCGAGAACCCGCGGUUUUGAAAUAAGGAGAUCUUUCUAUAUCGACAUAUCAGUUGGAAAAAUCAUAGGCAAAUUCCUACCGGCCAUAUCAGUUGGAAAAAGAAGAGGCAAAUUCCUACCGGCCAUAUCAGUUGGAAAAAGAAGAGGCAAAUUCCUACUGGCCAGAAUCUAGAGAAGAACAAAAACAGAAUGGUUCCGCUUACUCACAACUUAGAGGGGAUGCCGCUUACUACUCAAAUCCUUGUUUUUGCAAGUGUUGCUUUCUUAUAUGCAAGAAGAAUACUUUGAAAGAACAAAGAAGUUUGGAUCCGCAAAAGUAUGCUUAGGCAGUUCCUUCGCUGAGCACAACAGAAUGAAGAGGAAUUUGUUUCAUUUCAAAUACUUCUUCUUAUUGAAAA